AUGGGGGCCCCCAGGGGGCCCCCCAGGAGGCCCCCCGGGGGGCCCCAAAAGGGCAUUCUGGGGCCUCCAGAGGGGCCCCCUGGGGGGGCCCCCCGCAGCCCUUCUGCUGCUGCUGCGGGACUGGAGAGUGCCAAAGGAAUCUUUUGGAAAGAAGAGGAAAGUGGGGGCACUGGGGGGCCCCUGGCAGGGUUUGCUGCUGCGCUGCAGCGACUGAGAAGGCAGCAGCAGCAGCAGCAGCAGCAGCAGCAGCAGCGAACGCAGCAGCAGCAGCAGCGAACGCAGCAGCAGCGGGAGUGGAGGUAA